AUGCCGGGUUACUACUUUGGCGGGAUGGGACAGGAUCGGGGAGACUACAAGGAGGAGCUAGAUUUCGGUGGCGACCUGGAGGAACCGGCCUAUAUUUCGGAGAAGAGGCGGUCGCUGUACCCACAAUCUAUGGUCAUACCCAUAUCCACCAUCCAUGACCAUCCGGACCUCUUUCCCGUCGAUACCCCGGCGGCUCCCCCUAUCACACCGCUACGCUCCGGAACCCCUCCCGUCGUGCCCCACUUUCGAGCUCUCUUCUCCCUCUCGUCCCGCCGCGACUUAAUCCUCAUCCUCGUUCCCGGUAUCGUCCUCGCCAUCGCUUCGUCGCUUACUCCUCCCUUCAUGUCCCAGACCAUCGGUGACGCGUUCCAAAUCAUGGCCGCUUACCCACUCCUCACCGGAACGGCGACUCAAGCGCAGCGAGAUGCGCUCUUGAGCGGCGUCAGAGACAAGACGGUGCUCCUGGCUGCGGCAGGAUUGUAUGCGGUGGUCAUCAAUUAUGCGAAGACCGUGGUCUGGCAAUGGCACGGGGAGACGAUCGCGGGGCGGCUGAGACAGAAGGUAUUUGAAGGGGUGCAGGUCAAGCGGAUGGAGUGGUUUGACCUGGGGAUGGGGAUGAGGGAAGAUGAUCUGGCAGAGGGCGAGUCGAUCGGCGCAGGAGGAUUGAUGGCCAAGUUCACCAAGGAAACGGAUGAUGUUCGGACUGGGACAUCCCAGAUGAUGGGCAACUUCUUCCAAUACUUCUUCGCCUUCAUCUUUUGUUUCGGUCUCGCCCUCUACCGCGCUCCAGUCCUCGCGCUUGUAUCCCUCUCCACCAUCCCCCUCGUCAUCAUCCUCCAAAUCGCUACCCAAAUCUUUGCCGGUCCUCUCUACGCAGGUGAACGCCGCGCGUUCGCCGAAGCAUCCACGGACGUCGAGCGGUCGACCAACGCCAUUGCUACGGUCAAGGCGCACAACGCCCAAGGCGCCGAGUCGGCGAGAUUCGACCGGAUCGUGGAGCGCGUCAAGGCGAUUCUGGUCAAGCAGGCGUUGCUAUGGGGGUUCAGUCUGUCGAUGACGGACUUCCUCAUCAUGGGUACCUUUGUCUCGGGCUUCUGGUACGGCGCCAAGGUGGUCCGAGACGGCACAACCUCGAGCGGAUCGGUCAUGACCGUCUUUUGGGCGGCCCUCCUCGCCGCGUCGUAUCUCCAGCAGACCGUCCCCUGCUUGACCCUCUUGACCAAGGCGAAGAUGUCCAUGGCGUCCCUUCUCACCGUCGUCCAGGACUAUCCCGCUCGGAAACGCCCCACCAGCGCCUUCUCACCCGCCACCACGCCCACCCAUCCCUCCUUUACGGCCAAGUCCCGCCCUACCAGUAUGGCCAAGAUCCGCCCUCAGCGGUGUCAUGGCGAGUUCAACCUACGCUCCAUCUCCUUUGCAUACCCCUCCCGCCCAGACAGCCUCGUCCUGCGGGACAUCACUCUCUUUAUCCCUCCUGGCGAAACCACCUUUGUUGUCGGCGGGUCCGGAUCCGGUAAAUCCACCAUCGCUCAGCUCCUUCUCCGCCUGUACGACCCGGAGGGAGGCGAUAUCACGCUCGACAAUCAGUCUUUCGCCUACCUUGACGAAAGCUAUACCGGGGAACACAUCGCGGCGGUCCAACAAGGGUGUAUCCUGUUUGACAUGUCGGUGCAUGACAACGUCUCGCUGGGACUGGCGGGUGCGGCAGUGAGCGGGAAGGGGGAAGUGAAGCGGCCAAAAGAUGUGACCAGGCAAGAGGUGGUACAGGCCUGUCGGACGGCGAUGAUCCAUGACUUCAUCAUGUCGUUGCCGGAGGGGUAUGAGACCAAGCUCGGGACGGGCGGGAGUAGCCUGAGUGGUGGUCAGCGUCAGAGGAUGGCAAUAGCGCGAGCAGUCAUCAGGGAUCCUACGGUGCUCAUACUGGAUGAGGCUACAUCCGCUCUCGACGCCUCCUCCCGGGUUGCCGUCUUUGAAAACAUCAAAGCAUGGCGCCGAAACCGGACCACCAUCGUCAUCACGCACGAUCUGUCCCAGAUUGUCUCGGAUGACUUUGUGUACGUCAUGAAGGACGGGAUCGUUGCUGAGCAGGGGUUCCGCUCGGACCUCAUGCGCCAGACGCCCAUGCACGGUGCCGAGCUGGGGACAUUUGCGGGUAUGGCGGCUGAGCAGGCGAUCGAGCCUUUGCCGCCAAAGGUGCUCGAUGAGGAUAUGGACGAGGGGAUGGCGGAGGAGAUUCUGGAGUACGAGGAGCGAAUGACAUCUCGCCCCGGUAGUGUCAUGCGGGCGGGCACACCGAGUCUGCUCGGCCGGCCGCAGAGUCUCGCGUACUUUGACAUCUUGGACGAGUACUCGCGAGGGGCGCGUUUCUCGACGCUGGACCGGGGAACAAAGCGGAUGUCGACGGCGCCUCGGCCCCGGCCAAUGUCGACUGCUCAGAAGCGCCUUUCUUGGGCGCCAGAGGAGCUCCAUCGGCCAGGCAGUCGGACGUCCCUGGUCUAUGCCCAAGGCGGCAGUGUCGUUGGAAGUCGGGCGAGCUUCAUGCCUCCUUCCAGGCCCGGCAGCCGGAUGAGCCGGCAAGGCAGCUUCGAGGGGACGCCAUACUCUACCGCGCGGAAGAGUAUGGUCCAUACAUCUCCGGCAGUCCGGGCGAGUCAACGCUACACUACCUGGAUGCAGAAGCCGCCUUCCUCUUCUGAUCUCGACAAGGACGUCAAGUAUUCGCCAGACCUCGACAUCGUCACUACCCUCCCCAGCGAUAUGGUGGAUCACGAGCAAGACCACCUCGGACCCACGCCCGGUAUAUUCCGUAUCCUCAUCUCCAACCUCCCCCUCAUGCCCCGCAAGUGGCUCUUCGUCCUCGGUCUCCUCGGCUCGCUCGCACACGGUGUCUCCACCCCCAUCUGGUCGAGCUACCUCACGAAACUGAUGCAAAUCGUCGCUGGUGGCGGUAUCGACCCAUCCCUCACGACUACGGCCCUCACCGUACUCGCCAUCUCGGCCGCUCAGGCCUUGGCCAACUAUGCCCAAGUCGCGGCCCUCCAGUCUGUCUCUGCACACUGGAGCGCCAAUAUCCGGUCGGCGGCGUACGCCCGAGUCCUGGCGCAAGACAAGGCGUUCUUUGAUCUGCCGUACAACUCGCCCUCGCAGCUCGUCCAGCACCUCAUCAAGGAUGCGGACGACAUGCGCAUGCUCGUCUCGCAGAUAGCGGGCAAGUUUGUCGUGUUCGUCAGCAUGAUCAGCCUCGGUCUGAUCUGGGCGAUGGUGGUACAGUGGAAGUUGACGCUGGUGGGGCUGGCAAUCGCGCCGGUGUACGGCGGGAUUGUGGUGGUGAAUGAGAUAUUGGUGGGGAGGGCAGAGUCGACCAACAAGUUGACGAGGGAUAGGGUGGCUAAGCUGUUCUACGAGAGCGUAUCCAGCAUCCGGGGCAUUCGAGCGAUGGGUCUCGAAAGCGUCUUCCGCGAGAAGUUUGCAGAGCAGGCGAUGGCCGCCGAGCAGACCGGGAAGAAGACGGGCUGCUCUGCUUUCCCCGGUGUUUCAUCGAGGCUCCCAGCUGACAGCUCAGCUCUGCUCAACUUUGUCGGUUGCCUCUUCAUGCUCAGCAAUAUCAUGAACUACUCGGACAUGUUGAUGGUCUUCAACCUUGUUCUCUUCUCCCUCACUUUCGGUAGCCAGGCUUUGGACUUCAUCCCCAUGAUGGCCAAAGUCAAAGUAGCCGCUCGAGACUUCAACCGGCUCUACAACCUCUCUAUCACUACCACCACCGAAUCAUCCGGCUCGCUCCGCUUCCCCAUCUCCGGCUCUCUCCAAUUUGACUCUGUUUCCUUCACCUACCCCUCCCGCCCCGACGUCCGCGUCCUCCAGGGCAUAUCUUUCCGCCUCGACCCCGGAGAAUGCGUCGCCAUCGUCGGUCCAUCUGGCUCUGGCAAGUCCACCAUCGCUGCCCUCCUGCAACGGCUAUACGAGCCCACCGCCGGCCAGAUUCGGAUGGACCGCCAUGAUCUCGCAUCGGCAGAUAUCAAAUGGCUUCGAAACCAUGUUGCCGUCGUCUCUCAAUCGGCCAACCUGUUCGACUCGUCCGUCUCGGACAAUAUCGCGUACGGGCUCGAGAUACCCAUUGGCGAGAUCCACCGGGCGGCCAAGGCGGCAAACAUACACGACUUUAUCAUGUCCCUCCCAGAGGGGUAUGAUACGAAUCUCGGGGAGAAUGCGAGUCUGAUCUCGGGCGGCCAGGCGCAGAGAUUGCAAAUUGCCAGGGCGCUCGUGAGGAGGAGCAGUAUGCUCAUCUUGGAUGAAGCGACGAGUGCGCUGGAUGUAGAUAAUCAGCGGGCGAUCUUGGAUACCAUCGUCAAGAUCAAGGACACCCGUACGACUAUCUUCAUCACGCACUCGGUGGAAGCCAUGAAGCGAUGCGACCGUAUCAUCUGCCUCGAUGAUGGCCGGGUCGCGGAGGAUGGGCCGUUCGAGGAGCUCGUAGCGAAGGGAGGGGUGUUUGCGCAGUUGAUGAAGAUGGGCGAGUGGGAGUAG